CUUAUACUAUUGGCGGUAGCUUCCACACACACUCACUCUCUCUAGCUAUCAAUCAAUAUAUACAUUUUUCUAGCGUUUUAUCUGCUACAAACUCCCCCAGCCACGUAGAGAAGAGAGAUCAAAGAACGAAAAUAACAAUGAGAAAACCUUGUUGUGACAAAGAAAACAUCAACAAAGGUGCUUGGUCGAAGCAAGAAGAUCAAAAGCUCAUCGAUCACAUUCGAGUUCAUGGUGAAGGCAGUUGGCGCUCCAUUCCAAAAGCUGCUGGGCUGUAUCGUUGUGGCAAAAGUUGUAGGCUAAGAUGGUUAAACUACUUGCGGCCAGACAUCAAACGGGGAAUCUUUGCCCAAGAUGAAGAAGACCUCAUCAUCAAGCUCCAUGCCCUUCUUGGCAACCGGUGGUCACUCAUAGCUGGAAGGUUGCCUGGACGUACAGACAAUGAGGUGAAGAAUUAUUGGAAUUCUCACAUCCGAAGGAAGCUAAUAAAGAUGGGAAUUGAUCCAAAUAACCACAAGCUACAUCAAAGCCUUCAUCGAUCUCAUGUCCACCCACUUUCUGUUGCGGAUGCAUCAUCAUCAGAGUCCAUGAACAAAGAGCAAAAAAUCCCUUGCUUCAAAUCCUGUGGUACCUCUAUUGAUCAAAUUUCCAGAAAUAGUUGUCUUGAAGAAGAAAAAGCAAUCAUUUCUUCAUCUCCUUUGAAUCUUGACCUAACCAUUGCUUUACCUUCGCCUAACAGGCUUCCUAUUGUUGAAGACAAGCUCACGCCAAAUUCUAAAUCCAAGACCUUGGACAUAGAUAUAGAUCUUAAUUGUUAAAUACUUCUUGGUAGUGUUCCCUUUGGAUAUAUAUCAUAACUUAAUAUAUAAUCCAAAUAAGGAAUAACAAGUAGGGUUUUUCUGUAGAAUGUUAGUAUUUCUUACUACUUUCGUGAUCAAAUAUUCAAAUUUGUGCCGUGCACCCACUAGAGAGAUUAGUUUUCCCAAUAUCUCAAAUGGAUAUAUAUAGAUGUCUCAUUAAUUUAUUUCAUGCA